AUGUUCACCGUCGCCGAGACAUGCGGCUCAACCUUUGUGGUUGGCCAGGACGAAUUGGUACCGACUCGCUUGGAUACCGUGUGCCCAACACCGCGAAAGCCGGCGGUUGCCAUGCAGUUGCGCAACCCGUUCUCGGAGGGCGUUGCGCCCGACUCACACAGCCUCAGCCACGUCUCACCAUCCAUCUUCAGUCGAGGCCCCGCGGGUGUGACCGGACUCGGCGGGACUCCGAUCAGCGGACUGACUCGGGAGGAGCGCGCGGCUCUACGGCAACAGGAGCGUCGACGUCGGCAGUUGCGAGAGGCUAAAGCCUGUUGUCGGCGUUUUCUGGCCUUUCUCUUCUCGCAUAUCGGCUUGUCAGUGCUGGUCGUGGCUUACACGAUUCUGGGGGCUAUUGUGUUUCGUCGUCUUGAGCUGGAC